AUGGCAAGCAAGCGCAAGGUGUUGACCAUUGGCUGCCAUCGUGUUCUGGCCGCUCGUCGCAAUCUAGAGCGCCGCCACUUGGAAGGAGACGUUAUCACCAACCAGAACGUCACAGUGCAGCAGUUGAUGUACCCAAAGAACACCCCGGACUGGCAGUUGAUUAAACCGGAACACUUCGAAAGAGGUCCAACCCCGAAAGGCUGGAAAGCUGGACUCGAGAAGCUAUAG